AUGGACUCUUCAAGCCCAUCGAAAGAUGCCGCUGCUGUUUUAGCUUGGUCUAUCGCUGCUCCGCCAAAACCUCUCCCCGCUAUCAACCAGAUCAAACGUAUCUGUGUAAUCGAUUUCGACAAUACCUUGUACCGGUCCCCGGUUCCUAGCAAUAUAUGGGAUGGGCCAUCGAUUGGUAUCCUCGGAGACAGGGAUCGUCUACUCGGAGGAGGUUGGUGGCAAACUCCAUCUAUACUCGAUGCCACGGUGGAUCAACGUAGUACGUGCCCGUCCGUAGCUUCUCAGGGCGGUCACGAGCGUCGGUACCCCGAUCGUUGGAACAAGCCAAUCGUUGAUAUCGCCCGGACAGUCGAUCAAAAUAUCCAUACUUUGAACGUCCUCUUGACCGGACGGAGCAGAAUAUUAUUCUCAAAAACAGUGCUACGGAUCCUAGGAAACGCUGGCUUUAACUUUGAUCUUGUUGUCCUGAAGCAGGAUCAUCCGCAGCUUGGGCACGAGUUUGCGACAACCAUGGACUUCAAAAAAUGUUUCAUAUCAAUGAUUUUAAACUAUUAUCACGAGGCAGAGAGGAUCAGCAUAUACGAGGAUCGUCCUGGCCACUCAAGACAGUUCAGAGAUUUCGGCGACGAAUUCAACAAGUCAUGUAUUCGGGAUUCUCUUGUACGGCCGCAGGUAAGAUUCGACGUCAUUCAAGUCCAACCGGCACAUAGGGAUCUGGACCCCGUCGAAGAAAUCAAGCAAGUUAAGUUCAUGCUUCAACGACACAACAGAUUAGCGCAAAAUAUGGAUGCUAGUCUGCGCCCACUCCCCGCAAAACUAUUCAAGCGGGUUUGCCACACUAGUUACAUGCUACACCCUGAAACUACACACAGGCUUUUAGUAAAAUUUCGUCUCAGACAAAGAUUAAACACUCGCGAAGUAGACUUCUUCGGAAGACACAUCCCUAUCAAAAUGGGUAAAUGCGAGCCUGUGGAGAUCGAAAACUUGGGUGGAAUAGGAGCACAAAUCCAAUUUGAGACUGUCAGCUUCGGAAGUUACAAUGAUAGUAUAUGGGCUGUCAGGGUAAGGCCGGUGGGUUCCAACGUGGUUGUUUCGACGAUGAACGCGAUCCCAACAAUUGUGCUUGCUAAAAAGAUCGACGUCGCUGAGACUUUCCUUCGAAGGAUUGAAAAUUGGGAGGAUAUACGCCCAGGCGAUCCCAGGUAUCUCAGGUUUUCCGCGACAGUAGGUGAACAACUGCAGCUACAGAUAUCAGCCCCAAAACUCCAUCUCGGCGGGUAG